CGCCCACCGUCUUCUCCGGGAUCCCAAGACCGAUUUCGCCCACACCCCUCCCUUCCUUUCCUUACGCACGCUGCGCGCGGACGUCGGCCUCUGACGUCGUCGCCUCAGCGCCGGCUCCCGGCCGGGCCGCGGCCGCCGACCGUUGAGCCGCCUGCUGAGCCGCCUGCUGAAGUCCCUCCCUCAGGAACCCCUCCGCCACCCUCCACCGCCGAACCGCUCUCGCGGCGGCGACCCAUGUGGGGGUUCAGGCUCCUGCGGUCGCCGCCGUUGCUGCUCCUGCUGCCGCAGCUCGGAAUCGGAAACGCCUCGUCCUGCUCUCAGGCCAGAACCAUGAACCCGGGCGGCAGCGGCGGCGCGCGAUGCUCCCUCUCGGCCGAGGUGCGCCGCCGUCAGUGCCUGCAGCUUUCCACCGUGCCUGGAGCCGAUCCGCAGCGCAGCAACGAAUUGCUCCUGUUGGCGGCGGCCGGGGAGGGACUGGAGCGGCAGGACCUCCCCGGGGACCCAGCGAAGGAGGAGCCGCAGCCGCCGCCCCAGCAUCACGUCCUCUAUUUCCCUGGGGAUGUGCAGAAUUACCAUGAAAUUAUGACUCGUCAUCCUGAGAAUUAUCAAUGGGAAAACUGGAGUCUAGAAAAUGUUGCUACCAUUUUAGCCCACCGGUUCCCCAAUAGUUAUAUUUGGGUGAUAAAAUGUUCCCGAAUGCAUUUGCACAAAUUCAGCUGCUAUGACAAUUUUGUGAAAAGUAACAUGUUUGGUGCCCCAGAACACAAUACUGACUUUGGAGCUUUUAAGCACCUUUAUAUGUUAUUAGUUAAUGCUUUUAAUUUAAGUCAGAAUAGUUUAUCAAAGAAAAGUUUGAAUGUUUGGAAUAAGGACUCCAUAGCAUCUAACUGUAGAUCCAGUCCUUCUCAUACUACGAAUGGUUGCCAGGGAGAAAAAGUGAGGACCUGUGAAAAAUCUGAUGAGUCUGCCAUGAGUUUUUAUCCACCAUCACUAAAUGACGCAUCUUUUACUUUGAUUGGAUUCAGUAAAGGUUGUGUUGUUUUGAAUCAGUUGCUUUUUGAAUUGAAAGAAGCCAAGAAAGACAAGAACAUAGAUGCUUUUAUCAAAAGCAUAAGAACAAUGUAUUGGCUGGAUGGUGGUCAUUCUGGAGGAAGCAAUACUUGGGUUACUUAUCCAGAAGUCUUGAAAGAAUUUGCACAAACAGGAAUUAUCGUUCACACUCAUGUAACACCUUACCAAGUACGUGAUCCAAUGAGAUCUUGGAUUGGAAAGGAGCACAAGAAAUUUGUUCAGAUACUUGGGGAUCUUGGUAUGCAGGUGACUAGCCAAAUUCAUUUUACAAAGGAAGCUCCUUCCAUAGAGAAUCACUUCAGGGUUCAUGAAGUAUUUUGAGAUUACAGGUAUAUUAAUGAACUUGUUCAGUGGAAGAACAUAAGCACUUUUGAGUGUUAUAAAUUCAGAUAAUGGGAUGUAAUUCAUAGCUGCGUUGUCAGUUUUGGGGUAUGGGGGGAGGCACACAUUCCUAAAAUGUGAGUGUAAUGUGCAAUAGUAUUUUUUGCUUGUGAAUGUGAGCAGUUAUUAAUUUGGAUUGAGUUAGAAUUAGUUAAUUUGAAAUCUAACAAGGUGGUUUGUAAUAAUGCUGAGGAGAUAUAAGACCCUUAAAAUGAAAGUUACAACAUUGUUCUUAUAAAAGGUAACUAAAAUUGUUACUGUUGGAAAUAACUGAUUUUCUGAGUAAUGUUUUAAACUAAUUUGGUGACAUUUUAACAGUAAUUAGCUAUUUUGAGUGGAAAUAUUUUCAUUUCUCUUCAAACAAAAGCAAAGGUACGAUGCUGUUUUCUAUCAUUUUGGAAUAACUGCACCCUGCCUCUUGUGUUUUUGUAAACUCCUUGACUCAUUCUUUAAUGUGUCACCAAGUACUUUUCUCAUGAGAGUCAACAUAUAUUUGUUUCCAAAUGUCCACAAGUGUACAAUAGUGUAAAGGUGGUUUUUAAAAACAUAGCCAGGUGUGGUGGCACGUGCCUUUAGUUCCAGCUACUUGGGAGGCUAAGGCAGGAGGAUUGCUUGAGCCCAGGCUGUGUGGUUCACCAUGAUUGUGUUUGUGACUAGCUACUGCACUCCAACCUGGGCAACAUAGUGAGACUUCAUCUCUAAAACAAAAAAAAACCAAAAUUACACUUAAGCACUAUUGUUUAAUUUUUAAUUGUCAGUUUAUCAUUAUUUUGGAUAAGACAUUCUGGGGUUUCUUGAAUCUUGUCCAAAAACCAGUUGUUUUGGAAAAUUGCUUUAAAUUGAGCAUAUUUAUGUAUAUUGGAUAAAAAUGUACUACAGAGCAAAUUUCAAAAUUUUCAUUAUAUCAGUCUUUUUGAAAGGAUCAACUUGGAUAAAAUAAAUAUAUAAUGCUCUAUUUGUUAGAGCUCUAUUAAAAAGGAAACAGAUUCCAUAGAUCUAAGUCAAUGUUUCUCCAGAAGCAUGAUUUUGUCUGCCAAAAGAAAAUAGCUCUCUUUGGCCAAAAUGCAAAAUUACAUUGCUAUAAGAAAAGUUACAAGGGAAAGUUUGAAGACACAAAUGAUUUAAUUUUGGCUCAAAAACUGAAUUUGCUUAACACUGCUACAUAAUUUGGGUGAAGUUUCCUUCUGCCCGUUUUUCUUGACCUAGAUAAAUACACUUUGAGAAAUCCAGAUCUAAUGAAUGUCAACCAACAUUGACAUUGUAAUUGGGUGAUUACAAUAAAAGGUGAGCAGUUUGUUGUUUAUUAAUAAUUAGCUUUUGCAGGUAAUGAAAUAGCAGGGAAGUAACAUGCUGUUUUAGGACUAAAAAAAAAAAAAAAAAAAAAGACACUGAAGCUUAAUACCUUAAUGACCCAGAAGACCUAGAUUUAUAAAGCCAUAUAGAAUAAAAAUGUUAAUUUCUUGGUUUCUUCCCAGAAUUAUAUUUUAAUGACUCCAUAAAUACAUUCCAAAUAUUCAGAGACUCAUGAGAAAGGAUUCUUAACAAAUGUUUAAAAAUAACAUCUCUUUUUGGUGUUUUAACACUUAAUUUUAUAAACUGCAGAACAGCAUCUCUAAAUGGCUUUUUUUUUUUUUUUAAAGACAAAGUAGUAUUAUGUUGCUUCAGUUUCUUUAAAUACCUCCUGUUUCUUUUGAGACCAAAAAUUCCCAUCAAGGAAAUAAAUCAGCCUGAGUUUAACAUUUUACAUAUUACAUUGCCUUUAAGCACUAUGAUUGGAUGGCUUUUUUUCUAUUUGUUUAAUAAUCCUUGGUUAAAUUCACAUGUAUCUAAAGUAAAAUAGCUGAGUUACUGAAUUCUAUAAGGGGAAGAAAAAGCAUUUAUUUUCACGAUUAACUGAAAUGGAAAAGUAAGACAUUUAGCAGAAUAAUUCAUUUAAAAAUAAUUUUAAAAAAUCAGACAUAUUUAAAAAUCUAGGUUGUCUAUCCAGUAUGUGAAUGCUUAAUUAUAAUUGUUACAUGUUGAAUGGGUAUUAAGAGUAACUCACCAGGUACACAAAACUGCCAUCAUAGCAAAAUGAGACAGUGUUGAAAAGAAAAAAUAUUUUCUGGAAUGAAAAUAUAUUCAAGUUGAUCCAUAUUCAGAUGUUUUCUGUUUAAUACUUCAGAUUGGUCCUUUGUCCACAUUUGUUUAAAACUUAUUGUAAUGUUAAUUUAUACUUUUGGAUUGUGCCUUUGUCAUGAGUUGAGAAAAGUAGUCCUACAAAUAAUGUGAAAGUUGUUACCACCACAGCAUGAAUGUAUAAUUGUAUUAAAAUUGAUCAUCCACAGAA